GUGGCAUUCAGGCCCAUGAAGGAAGCGACGGUCUCGCGACUCGCAAACCCUAGCUCGCGAGCAGAGGGCCACAAAACCACACCCCUCUCCCUCCCCGCCGCCACUUGCCGCAACUCCUCCACCAGAAAGGGAAGGGAAGCACGCCGGAGCCCCAUCUCCCCGGCCGUCAAAAUGGUGAACGUUCCGAAGACCAAGAAGACCUACUGCAAAAACAAGGAGUGCAAGAAGCACACACUUCACAAGGUCACUCAGUACAAGAAGGGCAAGGACAGUCUAUCUGCCCAGGGAAAGCGUCGUUAUGACAGGAAGCAGUCGGGAUAUGGUGGUCAGACCAAGCCUGUUUUCCACAAGAAGGCAAAAACCACCAAGAAGAUUGUGCUGAAGCUGCAAUGCCAGAGCUGCAAGCACUACUCCCAGCGUGCCAUCAAGAGGUGCAAGCAUUUUGAGAUCGGCGGAGACAAGAAGGGCAAGGGGACAUCUCUUUUCUAGACUGCUUUCACCUAUCUGGAGUGGUGGUGGUCACGAAGUAUUACUACUUGUGUUAAGGGUUCGUUGUUAGGAGUUAAAUUAAUCAGACCUUGUCAUGUAUCCAAACUCCUGUGUCUUGCAUUUAAGCAAGAGGCGAGUUUUGGCUAAGUGAAGUUUUGUAGCUUGAAUCCUCUUUCAUUCCGUAUAAUGUCAAUCAACUCCAUGGUGUUAAAAUGUUUCUAGAGCAUGGUAAUUUGAGCUUUGCU